AUGGAGAUUCCAAGCUCUGAUGAGAUACUUGAAAGUAUGAGCUCUUGUCUCUCUCAGAUCAAAUGGCGACUCAAGCUCUCUUCAAAACGCCGCCUCGAAAUAGAUGUGCUGGCACUAUGCACGGGGAUGAGACCAGUUGUGAUGAUUGACUAUGGUGGCAAGUUGCCUGAGCUACAAGACCGCUUGAUUUCUCUUCUUGAGCUUCUCCAUGAGGCUUUACCGAUUUUCAAAGCUCUGAGGGUCAUGGUUAUAGAGGAUAUGAUUUACUUGAUCAAUGUAAGAACUCUGUCCAAGUGGUUGAGUUCAGAACCUGAAUUGUUCUUCGUUGACCUGGAACAAGAUCCUCCACAGAUGGUAGAACAAAGCAAAGAAUGCAGUCUAGGGAUGGAACUUAAGUUGAUUCAGAAGCUAUUCUCCUCGACGUUUCCUUUAGAUGGCGGCAAUAAUGAUACCAAAAUAGCUUUAGAUGAAGCCAAGUCUUCUCAGUCUUCUUUAUUUAUUGAUCUUAGUUGUUGUUUACAAGACACUAAGGUUACAAUCCCUACAUUAAACGGAUGGCUCCUGGACUAUCCGGUUGUGUAUUUAUUCGGCACAGAUCACAUAGAAGAUGCAAUCUAUAACCUCUCAACCAAGUCUCUCCGCAUCUUCAAAGUUCUAGUACAAAGGAACGUUAUAACUGGAGAAGACUCUCAUUUAGAAGAGCUAACAAGUUUUUCGGUGCCAUAUGAGCUGAGUAUGGGAGCUAGCAAGGAAGUCUGGGCUGAUUCAUUUCUAGAGAAGAUGAAUUCGAGGUGGGAAGAAUGCAAACACAUUUGGAGUUCAUUGGAUCUGCAAGUUUCUGAAUGCUAUCCUCAAGCAAUUGUUCUUUAA